AUGGUGACCCGAAAGGAAGGAGAUAGCAAUAGGAAAAGACUCAACAUAUCAGGAAUUGCACAGAAUUCAGUGCUGAGCAAUCUGAAUGAAGGUUCAUCUAAUAGUGAGGAUACCAACUUGAGGGAGGAAUUGUUCCUAAACAUGGAUGUUGAACAGCUAGCAUCAUCAAAAGGAAAUAAUGCAGAUAUAGAUAGCAAAUACACACCGCAAAUAGGUAUGCAGUUCAAAAAUAGGGAAGAUCCUCACCACUUCUUAUUCUUUUAUGGGUUCCUAGCUGGCUUUAAAGUAGUGACAACACAUAUAUAUAGAACAUCUAGCAGAAAAAGAAAUAAUGAAGUUUACAAGGUGGAAAUGAAAUGUCACCGCUAUGGAAAAGAGUUAGAUCAGAAGCAGAAUGAAGAAGAACCAGAACAAGAACCAAUGCCAGUUGAUGAUGAACCCAAUGAAGCAAAUGCAGAAGAAGUUGAGAAAAGGAACACAAAUGUGCAGAUCAGAACUAACUGUCCAGUUGUUAUGGUGGUGAAAGAGCAGAAUGGGAUUUGGAGAGUGAUAAGGCUUCACCUUGAUCACAACCAUAAGUUGAGUCCAGGAAAUAGAAAUCAACUAUUCAGCGGCAGGAAAUACAUGACAGAUAUGGAAAAAGCCAUGAUCCGAACAUUGAAUGACAACAAUAUCCCAACCAGGAAGAUGAUUGCAAUUCUAUCAUAUCUGAGAGGAGGUAUCCUAGCUCUACCAUACAAAAACAAGGAUGUAGCAACCUACAGGACCAAAAUCAACAAGGAAGUGAAAGGCAACGACAUGAAAAAAGCUUUGGAAUACUUCAGACAGAGAAAAUCUGAAGAUCCAACAUUCUUCUAUGAGUUCAGUUUUGAUGAAGAAAAGAAAGUGAAAAAUAUAUUCUGGAGGGAAGGAUGUUCAUUGAAGUACUAUGCAGAAUAUGGAGACUGUGUGAGCUUUGAUGCUACUUACAUGACAAACAGAUAUAAUCUACCAUUUGCACCAUUUGUUGGGGUCACAAGACAUGGCCAUACCUGCAUGUUUGGUUGUGCAUUCAUUUCAGAUGAAUCAACUCUUUCCUUUGCUUGGAUAUUUGAAACAUUCCUCAAAUCAAUGGGAGGCAAACAACCAAAAACAAUAAUUACAGAUCAAGAUAAAGCUAUGAAGGCUGCCAUAAAGAUGAUGUUUCCAAACAUAGUUCAUAGAAAUUGCUUCUUCCACAUCAAGUACAAGUGCUACAACAAAAAUGGGAUACAAUUAGCAAAGAAGAAAGGGCUUGUACAGGAGUUUGAGGAUAUUGUGAACAACUUAUUGACAAAACAAGAAUUUGAGUUUCUAUGA